AUGAUAAACGGAAAAUACAAGACUCCAAUGGCCAUGGCCUCAAUAGACUCAAAAAGCGAUGAUAGACAUACUGCGGCAACACGAGGAGAUGUGCGGACUCAGGAGGCUACCCACCGACCGUCGUGCGCGUCAAAUGACUUCCGACUAAUAUUGCCAUCGCCAAGCACAAGUCAGAAUGAAGCAAGCAGUGCAAUAAUGCCGAACCACUCGAGGUCUAAGAGCAGCCCUGGGCGAGCCAAGUCUACGCAGCGCGAUGAGGUUCAGAGAACCUUGCACGAAUCAAGAGUCGCCCGACCUCUUCUACCGGCAAGACAGGUGAAAGAGGAUGGCAAUGUAGCAAGAAUCGUCGCACAGGAAAGUUCGAAUCAGCGCACCGGGAGUGCCAUGCGUGAAUCAAUAACUCCUCGACCUCUCUUGCCAAUGCCCAUAGCGACCGUUGGUGGCGAAAAGCCAGGCAGUAAAUCGCAAGUCGGAAGGCCAGCGGGACCAGGGGAUAGCCAUGUCAGCUCGCGCAUGACAAUUCAGAGGGUCAUGCGCGAAUCUAGACGUUCCAGGCCUCUUCAUCCAACGGCUGGUCAAUUUCGGUUUGUGGAUGUGAGAAUGUCGGAUCUGGCGCAAGGUCGAGGGAAAAGGAGUGGUCGGCAAGGAGAAAAGGACGAUACCGAUGCAUCGAGGCAAUCGAGCGGCCACCAGACUCAGCCUAAAGGGGGUAGGAAUGGCCCUGGGUCGCUCCCUACACGAUCUGUUUCAGCUAGAGAGGAAGAAACAGGUUCCAGAGAAUUGGAGUUUGUCUUUUGGGAAGGGCCUGAAGAGAGGCAAAACGGGAUAUUGGAUUGUGAGGGAGAGGGCAGUAACUUGCAAACAAAGGCUAAUCUGAGAAAGGAGAGUAGUCAGAGGAGGUUAAGAGACUCGGCAGGCAGCUCGACGUUGAGUCAUGGUCGAUUUCCGCCGGCCGCAAACCAUGGCAGGGAAAUAGUGUGGUCAAUAACUCAGGAAACCGGUGCAAGGUGGUGCGCUAUAGAGAGAAACCCAUUUGUACCAACACAUACAGGUUCUGAAGGGCCAGGGAGAAGGGGAAGGGGAAAGAAGCCAACGGAUCUCUCCAACAGAAUAGGGAUCGGCCGACACGAAAUAAGCACCCAAAUGCCUCUGGCGACAUCACUUGGGGGAGCAGCUUCACUGGGUCCCUCUCUAGCUCCCAGGGGAAGUUAUGGGGUGCAUGAAAUAAUGUUUAAUGCGCCAGAACAAAUUCAAAUUCAAAGAAUUGCAGAACUGAACGGCUCGCAGGCCGGUUCCCGCUCGCGCAAGAGAAAACAUCGGUCGCAGGAGUCGAGCCAGCCGUUGAAGCGGCCUCGCAGCGGAGGACGUCGAGAAAGGACGAAAACUGAUCAAAGUGACGACCUGAAGGAUGUUUUGCAAUGGCUGGAGAACGAGUACGAAAACAAAAGCAAGCUAUCGUCGACAAGAGGGUGGUGCAAGCCAAUACCCCUCGACAGAAAGGUUGAGACAGUUCAGAAGUUCUACAGCGCCAUGCAUAAUAGCAAGACACUUCCAUUACAGACCUGUUCAGUCUGUUACAGAAAAUGUGCUGAAGAAGACCUCGAAAUUGUCAGCUCUAUCGACUGGAAGUCCUUGGUCGUUGAUGGAAGUAGAUCGCCGAUGCCUUUAUGCGUGAUCUGCUAUCCCAAUGCCGACAGUGUCACCUCAUGCAAAAGCUGCGCAAGGCUUUUAGAGCGAGGGAUGCUAUCACCUGCUGCACAACUUCACACUCGAUUAGGUUGUGAGCAUAUUUAUCCUGACGAUCUUAAGGGGCUAACUCCUGUAGAAGAAAAGCUUAUAUCGUUAAACUCGUGUUAUGGCUUCAUCACGAAGCAUAGCAUCGAAAGUGGUCAUAGGCAAGAUAUGAGGUAUCCAAGACAUGUGAAAGGGCAUAUUUUAGUGUUCCCCAACAAUGUGGAGGAGUUAGCCACAAAGGUCCUACCCCAUCCACUAGUGCAGGUGAUGGAGAACAUACAUGUUUCGUGGCACGGUAGAGAACGGCCUGAGCCAACGGACUUGUCUAGACUGCUGUCUGUACGUCGGGGAAAGGUAGAAGCGGCGCUCAGGUGGUUGAAGAAAAACAACCGCCAUUACCGAGAUAUAACGAUUGAUGUGGCUGAGACGAACAACUGGACUAGCUUUUCGGAUGGAGUUCCGCACAUGAUCUAUGAGCGAAUGGAGCGCAACGAGCCGUCCGCGCGGGAGAAAAUCCAGACCGCGCAGGUUGUCCCUCCGACUGAGCGCGGCACCGAUAUGGAAGAACACGAGGGUAAUAUCGAGGAGGUUAUCGCCCAACUCCGUUCGGCGGAAGAUCCGCCAGAAUUUUCCGAUUUAUCACAGGGCAUUCACGGCGAGUGCCAGGGGGGUUGUCAUGCUGAACAUGAUGAACAGGCCGAGAGUGGCGGAGGCGACACACUCUUUGAGGUCAAUGCAGCCGUACGCAAAGACACCGAAGACGCUACCAACAGUCAGUCAGCUCCCGAUAGUAGAGUCAAGGGAUCGGUCGGUGUCAAACGUGCAAGAAUGCAGAAGCAAGAGCCUUACAUACACAUAUCUCGUGGCGAUGAAUUUGCCGACGGUUUGGACACCUGGUUCUUUGCCAAAGCAUUUCCCACCUUAUUCCCGUACGGUUUCGGCGGUCCUAGAUUGGCGGAAGAAGCCAUGGUGGGCUCGAUGGGAAAAACAGGUCCUAGGAAAGGCGUAGACAGAACAGCGCCCGUUGCUACGGCGUCAGGUCUUAUCGGUUCUCGAAACAUGAGCUUGAGGGCAUGGACUGAAAUUGUAUUACGCCGACAUGGCGGUCGCUUCGCCAACCACCACGUGUUCCCCUUCUUGGCCUUUAAUUUGGGACUGAGGUCGAGGAAUCGUCGAAUCAGCAUGCUGAGCAUGAACAGAAAGAACUUUUCGCAAUUGGAGCGAUUGGUCGGCGAUCUGACCGUGACAAGACUAGAAGCGGCGCAAAAGGAGUUGCAGCAAUCCAACAACACCAGCGAUAAAGCUGUUCAAGAACUUUUAAGAAGCAUCUCAGUGUAUGGGCACCGGCAGCCUAUGUCUCGUGAGCAAAGACUUAGUCUUCGGAGGAAGAUCAAAUCUCUCAUAAUACGGUACGGGAUGCCAGCCAUCUGGUUUACGUUGAACCCCAAUGACAUCACCAAUCCAAUCAAGCUUCGGUUAGCAUCAUAUCGAACACGGGACGCAAAAGAUGCCGAGGAAUUUCUUAGGAGUCUAGACGUGGCUUAUAAGCGUGCUAGACUAGCCGUUUCAGACCCAAUGAGUUCAGCCAUCUUCUUCCAUCGGGAGAUCUCACUCUUCUUCGAACAUUACGUCAAGGUCGGUGAAGAGUCGGUCUUUGGCCGGAUCAGCCAGUAUUUCGGAGCUGUGGAGACUAAUGAAAGAGGGGCGCUUCACCUCCACGGCCUUCUCUGGUUGGAAGGUAAUCUGCACUUUGGGUCGUUGCUUCAUAAGUUGGGUCAGAACAAAGAAGAAGGGUAUGGCGAAGAUAUUGCUCUAUUCGCAGACAGCAUCUUCUCGGAGUGGAAGGAGUUGGACGAGGAAGCCUUCGUAGCCGUGCAAUCGCACAGGCGCGUUACGACUGACGUAUCCGAACUGGUCAAUAACACAUCGAAGCUUACCGCCGAUUUCGACGAGGAAGCAAACUUCUGUGCUGGGGCAACACAGAUCCAUACACAUAGCCCCACUUGCGUAAAGUAUUCGUUCGCCCGUCGAGAUGCAAGGAGAAACCUCUGUCGAUUUCGUGCGCCUUGGAACUUGAUCGAGAAGACGGCUUUCACGGAUGAUGGCGUUUUACGAAUUCGUAGAACGCACCCGCUUGUAAAUCGAUGGAACAAGGCAAUAGCGGUCGGGCUGCGACACAACCACGAUAUAUCAUUCAUUGCCACUCAGUGCAAGACGAAGGCCUUAGUAUUCUAUGUGACGAACUAUGCGACCAAGGUAGAGGAUCCAGUAUGGAAACGCGUUGCCGCCGCUUCGGAAUUUUUACCCGUUCUAGGUGAGAAAGGUGCAGGAGCCGACAGUGCAGCGAGAGAGACUCGCACAACGCAAGAUGCGACGCAAAACAAAACUCGGCAGUUCCUGAUGCGCGUGGCCAAUCCACCACGUGCAGCUUCCUCAACACGUCACUGCUAUACUGGCAUGUCUUUCGCCGAUGGCAGCAUUUACAGCACCUCAGCAGUGAAGAGGGCAUCGUAG